GCUAAUGGGAUCAGGGCUCCUCCAAGCGCAGGCAGGUUUAACUGUGUCUGCUGAAUAGGCAGUGCAGCCGGGUGCUUAAAUUGAUCUAUUUCUGUGGCCUCUUUUCAAAUGUCACUGGGUUCAAGCACACUUGCAAGAGUGAUUGUGGGGUUCUAGCUCUGUAGUUCCGAGAGUUAGGGUACCAUUACCACUUCUUCGAUCCAGAAGCUUUAUAACCUGGUGGUUGGAGUGGAGCGGUUGGAUGUCACUUUCAGCAGUACUGGGAUUUUAGCUGCUGCCUGCUUACGGAACAUCGUGAUGGGUGUCAGCCAUUCUGGGAGCUACAGUCCCACCAUUGGCGUUGUGCUGAAAAGACGCAACGAGCCCCUGAAGAAGGAGAAGCCCAAAUGGAAGAGUGAGUUCCCCAUGACUGAGGGCCAGCUGCGCAGCAAGCGGGAUGAGUUCUGGGACACGGCGCCGGCCUUCGAGGGCCGCAAGGAGAUCUGGGAUGCACUGAGGGCGGCAGCGAUAGCCCUGGAGAGCAAUGACCACGAGCUGGCCCAGGCCAUCGUGGAUGGAGCUAGCAUCACACUGCCGCAUGGGUCUCUCUCCGAGUGCUACGAUGAGCUGGGUAACCGUUACCAGUUGCCAGCAUACUGCUUGGCGCCUCCUGUCAACUUGAUCUCAGAGCGCUGUGAGGAGGAAGUGGUGGAGCAGCCCGAGCCACAGGUCACCCACAAGAAGGAGUUCCAGCUGAAGGUGCGCCUCUCCACAGGCCGGGACCUGCGGCUCACUGCCAGCAUGGCCAACACCAUUGGCCAGCUGAAGAAGCUUCUGCAGGCCCAGGAGGACAUCAGCGUUGCUCACCAGCGCUGGUUCUUCUCGGGCAAACUGCUCACAGACAAGACUCGCCUGCAGGACACCAAGAUUCAGAAGGACUUUGUUAUCCAGGUCAUCGUGAGCCAACCCACUGUUCCCAAAUGAGCUCGGGUAGAUUGGGUUGGGUUAGGGGGAUCCUCCUGGCUGACUGGCUGUGGUGCUUUUUUCUUGGGGGCACAUUGCACAGGUUAAAUGGUGGAGCUACCAGGGACAAGCAAACUGCUUCGGAAUUUUCUGAGAAACUGCACUGGGAUGGAAUCCCACACGCUAUGCAGGCCAGUUGUCCCCUUAGUCUCUCAGGGACUGUGUGUACUGAGACCUCCCAUUUUAUUUAUGAUGCAUACCCCAAGUGUCUGCUUGUUCAAAAACAAGAGAAUAGCAGGUGACAGAGAAGCGGAUGGAGUCCAGGGCUGAGGCAGUGGGCUGCAGGCAGCACUGGGGCCCAGGUGCUGGCUAAUCUCAAAGGGAAGCAUGUGAAUGUACUCCUGGUGGCUGCUGGAGCAGUCUGAUGUUGUUCACGACUGUCUGUGUAAGAAGGGAAGGAGAAAGUACUCCCAAGCCUUUUUCUUAUUGAGCCCUUUCUCUAACAAUUCAGGUUCGGGAUGUAUGGUAGAUGAGUGAAGGGAUGUCUAUGCAGUCGCUCUGGGGGAUUCACUCCUCUCUGCUCCACAGUUCUCCACGGUUCUCCAUGGUUUUAUAUCUCGAUGUCUUAGCUGCUAUUCCCCAAGGAUCAAGGAACAUUGGGGCCACCUGGCCUUUGGAGAUCUAUGAGAUAUUAGUCACUUUCAAAACCACGCCAGUGCAGUCAGUAAUUCCGCUGAAACGACAAGCCAUCUAUAUGAAGUGUCGGUGACACUUCUUGUGUUUUCCCUGAAUCUCCUGAAUUACUGUCUGAUGUUCUCUUCUGCUUUCCUCUGCUGUGAGCUUCACAGUGCACUUCUUUAAAACUGUCAGUGCACAUGGUAGAGUGUGCAGAUCGGCAUUAAUGUACAUUAAUGUACAUUAAUGUACAUUAAUGUACGUCAGAUUCCACGUGACUCUGCAUUGCAGGUCAAGGACUUCCGCCCACCUACAUUCAUAAUCAUUACAAGUCUAGUCCUAAUACCUUGAACAGAUUGCACUUGAUAUUAUUUUUGAAGUCAUGUAAUAGUACUGUACAUAGUGGUUCUGUAAGCAUAUAGCACAUUUGAAGCAUGUAGCAGUCUCAUUAAAUCCUUCAAUAACCAAGUGGAAUAUCAGACCACAAGUAGAGUCCCUCUGUUUAACCGUCCAGUCCUGUGGGUACAACGAUACAUGUCUUCACAUUUCUGAACACUAAGUCUACAUUUGCAUUGCUGCUUAAUUCACAUUAAAUAAUCACUUCAUAUUCCUGUGUUAGUGUGUCGAAAUGUUUCUCUUAAAGGUCAUGAUUUUAUCAUCAGUGUGUGGAAUGAAGUGUUGAGGUAGUGUCUUUUUUAUGAUAAACCCACUAAGGGAAAGAGAUUGCUUAAUUUAAAUUGUAGAUCUUUUAUUUCCUUGAUGUGAAAGGGUGGUCAAUGGGCAGUUUCCAGACAUUUGACAAAAUGUAAAGGAAUACAACCAUGUGUGUUUAGAAUGCUUUAAGGAUGUAACUGGAAUAUUAAAAGAUUAUUUCUAAAUUUAA